AUGAGUAUCACCAUUGUCGUUUCUUCAACCAAGCCAAGUCAAAGUCUUCCACCUGUUUAUGCAGUUUUGGACGUUGAAACCACGAGACUGGAUAGAAAAACAGACCGCAUCGUACAAAUAGGCAUUGUUAAAGUCGAAAACAAUGUUUCUAAACCGUGGAUGGCAUAUGUGAAUCCUUGCAAAUCAAGAGAGGAACAAAUGGAAGCUUACGAAGUACACAAAAUAUCGCCGGAGUUUCUUCUAGGAAAGCCGAAGUUUGCCGACGUGGUAUCGAUGUUGUGUGAGUUCUUGGAAAAUGUUGAGUAUGUUGUGUGUCAUAACUGUGUCUUUGACUGGAGUAUAUUGAUGGCUGAGUUUGACAGACUGCAAGAUAACGAAGACAACAAAGCUCUUAUGAGGAAGAUCAAAUGGGUCGACCUUCUUAGAAUUGCGAUCAAGUCAUUCCCUGAUUUCAACAGUUAUGGAUUAUCGACGCUAUUAGGGAAGUUUUCAAUUCGAAUUAAAAAAGCGCAAAGCCUCCUUUAUCUUUAUCAGUCUUGUAUUACGGCAGGGGAUCAACAAGAGUGUGAAGUGCUUUCAUUGUUCGAACAGGGAGAGAAAGAAAACUUUGAAGAAAGGCACCAUGAUGCUGUAUGUGACUCGCUCGCAGCGCAUUCACUCCUGAAGAUAGUUCUGGAGAAAAACAGUUACUCCGAUAUUGCCGACCUCGUUAAUAAUUUUCCACAGUGUUUAAUUGAAACGGAAUUGUUUCUUGCUUUGGAAGUGAUGUUGAAGGAAAGGAAAACGUCCGACAAAGAUCUGACAUCUUUUUCUGCGCGUGCGGAGAAAUUUUGUUGCACCAUACCGUCGCUGAGAGGAAAAACGCUUCAAGAAUUGUCAGUGAGUAAAAUAAGAACAGUAUUGUUGUCAGGAUUUGAGAAGGAUGAAAGAGUUCGUCUUAUAUACAGAGCUGCGUUAUUGCACAAGGGCAGUGAUUCACAGAAACGUAAAGCAGAUUCACCUGACUUAAGUGUCAGCCCUAAAGAGACAAAAACAGAGUAAAAUAUUAUUCUAGGAUAUGGCUUUUCUCUCCAGCACGUUCCAAUCGUGUAUCAGGGUUAUGUUUUUUUCUGGAUCUGCCCCUGUUGUUAAUGAAGAAGGGGAAAAUAUAGGGUAUAAGAUGUAUGAUUUGAUGAAUACAGCCCGCAUUUUCACAUUAAUCUUGACGCAUGAUUUGUCUCAGCCAUUUUAAUACGUUUCGAUUUUCCACUCUUAAAACUGUCGACCGCCCUGUCACCUCCGAGUGACCAGAGAACAAGGCUGAAACUCGGGCUAAUACGGCAUUCUAUAUUAAUAAUCAAAACGAGAGUUUUGUUUUGUUUUGUUUUUUUGUUUUUAUGUAUUCUGUUCCAACAUCCCUGUUUUUCCAAGAAAACGUCAUGAUCUUGUUAGGUUAGCAAUUUUCGUCUAUACAACGAAAAAUAGUCAUGAAAUAUAUUAUAAAUAAUAUAUCUCGAAACCACUGCUCGGAGAAUCAAUAAAACAAAAAUCAUAAACGAUAUACAGCGUGCCUCGAAACCCUUCCUUAGAGGCGUGGAUCAACUAUCCAGGGCUUUUCCCUUGAGAAAUAAAAAUCCAUAAAAGGAAAAAUUCGUGGGGUUGAUUUAGUUGGGUUUCAAUAUUCAUCAGAAAACAAGCUUAAUUCCUCUUGGAAUUUGAGAUUCUAGGAAUUUGACUUUCUUGGAAAACGUUGGGGCGAUUUAGAUAAUUUACGCCAUCAAACGAAAACUCGUGACAUAUCUGAUUUCAACCAGGGCAGCCAAUCUUUC